AAGAUAAAGAAAUUAAAGGGGGUUGGGUCAAAAGUAAAGUAAUUUAGAAACAUCUGUAAUUUUUCGGGUUACUAUUUUUGCAGAAAAGGGAUAAGAGACAUGAAUUAAUAUAAACAUUUUGAAGUAACAUAAAGUAAAGUUAAACUAAAUAAUAAUUAAGUAAACAAGGAAAUAAAGCUUUGCGUGCCCCUCAUAAACAGUGAACAGUGAAGUGACAAUCACAGUGUGCCCGUAACUGUGUUGUGGAGUGACUCUGUGACUGUCACCGCGUAGGAAGUUAGGAACGAACGUGGAACGUAGAGAAUACUACAGCGCUGCCUAUUGAACCCUUUAGCCAACAUCGAACUUGUAUACACAGCCUGGGCUUAUUAUUAAUACCUUGAUUGAUUAAAACUGCGAGGCGCUCUCAUUCAUUGAACUACCAACUGGCAAAGGCAUCUAGCUGUCUGCAGGACUGACUGAGCUGAAGAACCAUGCAUCAUGGUCAUCGAGAGAAGCGCCACAGAGAUAGACGUGAAUUUGCUGUGGAACGUAGGGUUGAAUUUAAAGUGCACCCACGUGGAAAGUAUGAUUAUCGGCAGGCUGAUUUGAGAAGACCUAUGUUCAUAGGAGAUUUUUCUUUAGAUGAUAACAGGCAGUUUUGUCACGACAAGAGGAACUUGAAUUAUAUUCCAGUUGAUUUCGAAUCUACGAAAGAGGUUGAGUAUGAUUUGAACGCAGGCAUGGACAAGGUGGUCAGAAAGGAUUAUGAAGUUUUAAAGAAGGAUAAACUCAGUCAAUUACUCAAUUGGCUUUUAGUCAAUAAGCAUAAGUUUCAUACCAAAGAUAAUGCUGGCAGACCUUUGCAAAGUCUUUCAACGGACUUCAUAUGCUUCCGAGGGUUGUUGAGAGAUAUACUUUGUCUACCUUAUGAAAACAAGGAGAGAAUUAUAAUAUGUGCCACUAAGUUUAGAGGAACAAUAUACAUGUGGUCUUAUGAAACUCCCGAGAAAAAAGCAGCUCGUGAAGCACAGACUGAAGAACAUUUGAAGAUGUGUUCUUGGGGAUAUAAAUUUGAACAGUAUAUGACAGAAGGUAGUGAUAUCUCAGAAGGUGUUAAUGAAAACUCUGAAUAUUCCUGUGUUCUACGUUCUCGUUUGGAAAAGCAUUCCUUAGUGUACAGUGCUGAAGUUGAUGGGGUUAAUCCUGAGAAGUAUGAAUCACCACCUGUUGAUCUUAGAGCUUUUGUUGAACUGAAAACAAACAAAAUACUCAGUGAAGAACGUGAUGUCCGCUCUCUUCAAAGGUUCAAGCUUAUGAAAUGGUGGAGUCAGUCUUACCUUGUAGGCAUACCAACUGUCGUCUGUGGCUUCAGAGAUAGCAACGGAGUUGUUCAGUCCUUAAAGAUUUUCAGAGUUGAAGAGAUGCCUUCUUUAGGUCAGGCUCACUGGAAAUCAAACAUUAUGGUGAAUUUUCUGGAUAAAUUUUUAACAUUUGUAAAGCAACAAGUAAUUGUUGAUGACCCAACUGUUGUUUAUAAGUUUGAAAGAGAGACAGUAGGUGGUGAUGUAAGCUGUAAAUAUUUAGGUAGAGAUUCUAACUGGUCAAUUCUUCCUGACUGGUAUUAUAAGGAGAUGUUCAGUGCAUGAUAAUAAGUGUUUCAUGUUUUUCGGUUUGUGAUUAGAUUCUCUUAUGUGUUUUCAAAUAUUUUUGUGACAUGAGUUUUGGGUAUAAAGUAUGAAAUAUUGAAGCAAUAUAGUACAAAUGUUGUACGGCCUUAUGAAAAUAUUUUUCAUAGAAAACUAAGAUUAAUUUUAUGUACGGAUCCCCAUAACUUGUAUGUAGUGCUAUUUUAUUUAUUAUGAAAUGUUUCCCAAACAUUCUCUGAAAUACGAAGAAGACUCCGUCUCUAAAAGGCGAGCAAUGCACAUGCCCUAAGAGGCUUAGUAAGUUUCAUCUGUCUACUCAGCACAGCCUUCGUCAUUCGUAAAAUGAGAUACCUGGACUUCCUUUAUAUGGAGAGAGAGGCCAGCCAAGUGUACAGCCUGUAGACUAUUUUAGAGUUCAAAGCAUCUUCAAAAAUAGUAGAUAUGUGUCUAAUAUGGCCCCUGGAGUAUAUGUCCCACAUUUGUUUUUAGGAUAUCAAUUCACAUGGUUAAAUAACUCACUUCAUAAGUAAGACAUAUCAGACUGAAUAUCGCAAAAGCCGUGUUAUCAUUUUUUUAUUAACUGCAUAAAAAAAUUUUGGCAAAUGUUAAAUUUUGGCAUCCCACUGACAUCAUUUAUGUUUUCUUGAAAAGAAAACUUACAGCAUGAAAAAAUUAUUCCUAUAUCUAGCCUCUAGUAAGAAAAAACAACCUUACUACCAGUAGGGUGGCCUAAAGGCGAUAACUCGCGAAGCUUGAAGUUAAACCAUCAACGGUAUCUUGGAACUAUCUGCUACAUAAACGUUAUCGUUAAUUGCUUUUCAAAUAGUCUUCUAACAUCAAACCGCUAAUAAUACGGCAAACGAUACAUUGCAAAAUGAUUCUUUAUAACAGAGGUGAGAAGACAGUUUAACUAAGCCUAGUGUUCGAAAAAACUAUAGAAUUUGGUGCUGAAAUCAUCAAUUUUGAGAAAAUUAUUAUGCAAUGAUUAAAACAUGAUUUAAAUGUUAAUUUAUGAUAUUUUAAAAAGAAAUCUUAUAUGGGACGGCAUUUAAAGAUGUCAGGUUUAUCUGCCAAAUGAAAUAUUUUCUAUCUUCAAUAGUUUCAGAUAUUACCAUCAGAUAUUACCGUUAGGGCCGGGCCGGGCCGGGCCACCAGAAAUGAGCCCGUUUCCAGUAAUGAUUUCACUUCGCUGGUAAUAAUUUUCUAAGAAGAGACUAGAAAAUCCAUGACAAAGAUUUGGAGAAUGAGAGUGCGUAUACAGACAAACAAAGAAUGAGCUGGAUAGACAGACAGCCGAGAUGUUUCAGACCUUUAUGGCACAUGUGCACUGCUCACCCAUCUUACUUCUUACUCUUUAUGAGACAGAGGAAAUGGCAAUGCAAGUUAUAGGUUUGUUAUUGAAGAUUUGUUAUAAAUAUUCUUCUGUAGGCA